CGCGCCCAUUCGCCUCUGCCGCCACCUCAGUUCACCCUCAACAAUUACGAUUCCUCGCGACCACACCUGCUCGCCGACAGGCUGAGCCAGUCUCGAGCAAUGUCAUCCACCCGCACACAGGCACACGCCUCAUUCCAGUGGACCCAACAUUCGGCCACCCAGUCGACCCCAGCAAGAUGAACUUCAACGCAGUUGACGAUGCUGCGGGCACACCAGAAGAGCGGAAGAUUCGUCACUACACCGUGAACUUUGGUCCUCAACAUCCUGCUGCUCACGGAGUGCUUCGUCUGAUUCUUGAGCUAAACGGAGAGGAAAUCGUGCGCGCUGAUCCCCACGUUGGAUUGUUGCACCGCGGCACGGAGAAGUUGAUCGAGUACAAGACCUACCUUCAAGCUCUUCCCUACUUCGACCGUCUGGACUAUGUUAGCAUGAUGACGAACGAGCAAUGUUUCUCGCUUGCUGUGGAGAAGCUCUUGAACAUCGAGGUCCCUGAGCGUGCGAAGUGGAUUCGAACACUUUUCGGCGAGAUUACCCGAAUUUUGAACCAUCUCAUGUCGGUCCUGUCACACGCAAUGGAUGUCGGCGCUCUCACACCAUUCUUGUGGGGUUUUGAGGAGCGAGAGAAGCUCAUGGAAUUCUACGAACGUGUAUCUGGUGCCCGUCUCCAUGCUGCCUACGUUCGCCCUGGAGGUGUAUCGCAGGAUCUUCCCAUUGGUCUAUUGGACGACAUUUACCAGUGGGCAACACAAUUCGGCGACCGCAUCGACGAGACCGAGGAAAUGCUUACAGACAACCGUAUCUGGAUCGGCCGAACCAAGGGCGUUGGUGUUGUUAGCGCCGCUGAUGCAUUGAACUAUUCCUUCUCCGGUGUCAUGCUUCGUGGUUCUGGUAUCCCAUGGGAUAUCCGAAAGUCGCAGCCAUACGACGCGUACGACCAGGUCGAAUUCGACGUCCCAGUCGGUAUCAACGGUGACUGCUAUGAUCGCUACCUGUGCCGGAUGGAGGAGUUCCGCCAGUCUCUCCGCAUUAUCCACCAGUGUUUGAACAAGAUGCCCGCUGGUCCCGUCAAGGUCGAGGACUACAAGGUAUCUCCACCACCGCGUGCCGCCAUGAAGGAGAACAUGGAGGCUCUGAUCCACCACUUCCUGCUCUACAGCAAGGGCUACACAGUGCCUCCGGGCGAGACCUACAGUGCGAUUGAGGCGCCAAAGGGUGAGAUGGGUGUCUUUGUCGUCAGUGACGGCAGCGAGCGUCCUUACCGAUGCAAGAUCCGCGCCCCUGGUUUCGCUCACCUGUCAUGUUUCGACCAAGUUUCCCGCGGCCACUUGUUGGCCGAUGCUGUCGCCGUCAUCGGCACCAUGGAUCUCGUAUUCGGUGAGGUCGACCGGUAGCGGGAUAUUGGGGAAGGAAAGGGAAAAUAGUAAUUCGAUUUGUAAAUAUGCUAUUUGUACAAUCGCGUCGGCGUUCCUGGCAAUAGACAUUCGCAAUCUGAGCAGUCAUAAGGAGACUAGGUG